AUGACCACAGUUAUCAAAGACCAACCAAAUGUCAACAACCGUAAAAAGCCUGCGUCUAGAUUAGUUUACAAUCUCGUAACAAAACAAAAAGCACCUUACGGUGAAUGUGGCAAAUGUCAUCGACCAUACACCCAUCGCAAUUGGUGUCCAUCUUGUCAAAAAAUUAUCUUUUGCAACGAAUUCACCAAAUGGACCAGUGGAAAUAAACUCAUCGACGACUUGAUCAAAGAAACUCAAUUGAAUGCUCAAGAUAAAACAGAAUAUAUAGAAUGGAUACCAUACAAACAGUUCACCGAUGUAAACUACUUGACCACGGGAAGUUUUGCUAAAAUAUAUACGGCAACAUGGAAAGGUGGGUUGAGGCAAUUGUGGGAUGAAAAGACGCAGCAGUUUGUUAGACAUGGAGAUCGAAAAGUUGUGCUAAAGGAGGUGCUGAUGGAACCUAACAAGAGUUCUGACAUCAAAGCUUACAUUGAACAAAUGCGCCUCAACCUUGCUUGCAAACAUAGUCACAACAUUCUCCCUCUUUACGGAAUAACCCAAAACCCACAAUCCAAGUUAUACAUGCUGGUUAUUCAAUACGCAAGUGGGGGUGAUUUCUCGCGCCAUCUGUCAACACAUUUCUCAUCGCUCACCUGGGAACCUAAAUUGCUAAUGUUGACCGAAAUAGCUCGUGGAUUGCAGGUGAUACAUUCAGCUGGACUGAUUCAUCGUAGUCUCCACGCUAGCAAUAUACUCUAUAGAGGCAACGAUCCCACUAUUGCCGACCUGGGCAUAUGCGGACCUCUGAACAAGGCACAUGAUAGUAAAUAUGCAUGUGUUCCAUACACGGCACCCGAGGUCCUUGGAGGGGCUGAAUAUACUCGGAAAUCAGACAUGUUCAGCUUGGGCAUUCUAAUGUGGCAGAUAACAUCUGGAGAUAAACCGUAUUUGGACAUGCUAUCUUCCGACAAGGUCAAUCUCGCCAAUUAUAUCAAACGGGGACUGCGGCCGUCUGUCAUGGCCAACACUCCCGAAUGUUAUGUCAAGCUUAUGAAAAAAUGUUGGGACGAUGAACCCGACAAUAGACCCGACAUUGAAGAAGUAAUCGAAACUUUGCGCGAAUGGGUAUCGGCGAUAAAAAACGAGAGAGAAAAUAGAAAAAGAAAAAAUGAAGAAAAUAAUCGUACAAAGAAUUGCGCGACUGUUGGUAGCGCAGUAGGUGGAAUGUUUCUGGAUGCGGACGUGGUUACAACGACUAGAGUAUGUGCUGAUAAAAAUAGCAGCGGGGCGUCUGAUGAGAUGUAUAAAAGUUAUGACCUAUGCGUUCUUACUUUGAAUGAAUAA